UCCAGGACCUGAGCUUGCAGCUCCGGGGUGGAGGUGUCUGCAGAGCUGCCAGCUGGGAGGAGAUGGCUCCGGAACUCCCAGGUGCUACUCUCAGCUUCACACCCCGAGGGAUGGGUGCCAAGAACGCCAAGGGGAUCCCCGAGGCAGGGUGGGAAAGACGGAGAGGUUGAACUCCCCUAGAUGCGGCCAGGUCCUCUCCUGGCAUCGUCCUUGGUUAGGAAUUCUCUCCACGGUCAGCAAGGACGAGCUGGACCGGUCCUGAACAGGCAGGGGUUAAAGGGAGGGGCCCUACAAGGAUGACCCUCGGGGUGUGAGGUACCCAGACCCGUGAACAAAGACAUUGGGGGGUGGGGUUCCCAGAGAAGAGUGGGUGGCACAGAAAGCGGGAAUGCUGCCCUGCGCCCCAGAGACAGCGGGGACACCAAGCGACGCGCACCGACUCGCUCACGAGGCAGCCCGCGGGAGGGGUCGGCGUGAGCGCGCGCGGGGUCUCACGCGGCUCGGCGCGAUGUGCGCAUGCUCGCUCCGGCACUCUCCGGGCGGGGCUGGAGGCCCGGCGCUCCCGGGCGGGGGAGGAGCGCUCGCGCAGCCGCCCCUGACAGGCGCGGGCUCGGCGGCGGCUGCAGCGCGCAGCGCCGGGCCCUGCCGGAGCCGGACUAGCAUGUGCCGCGUCUCCCCGGCGGCGACGGCUCCUCUGCAGAAGCCGCAGCGGCCACCAUGGCCAAAGCCAGCGUGGAGCUCACCCGCGAGCUGCAAGGACCUUUCUGUCCCGGCACCGCCCGUCCCGCUCCUCGGUGACAGGUGCAGUUCUGCGCCGCGCUGCCGGGCCGGCUGUCAGUGUUCCUGACCCACCCCUCGGAGAGACGUCCGGUCUCCCCUCCGGAGAGUCCCCGCGUCCCCCACCCGCGCCGGGCGGGGCCAGGAGGUGGGAGCCGAGAGGUCCGGACCGCUGUUGGUCUCAAUAUCCUCCCUCCCCUCCGCCCCGCCCCGGAACUGGCCCUGGAGAUGCUCCUAGGAGCUCGGCUGCGCCCAGACCAGGAGGGCAGAGAGUCAGGGGAAGAGCGCCUGGGUUGGAGCGAAAACCGAGAGCAAGACAGUAUCCGGAGGUGCCUGAGCCAAGGGGCUGUGCUCCAGCAACAUCGUGUGAAGCUAGAGACAAAACCCAAGAAGUUUGAGGACAGAGUGCUGGCCCUGACCUCCUGGCGCCUCCACCUUUUCCCCCUUAAGGUCCCUGCCAAGGUGGAGAGCUCCUUCAAUGUCCUGGAGAUCCGCGCCUUUAACACCCUCAGUCAGAACCAGAUCCUGGUGGAGACUGAGCGAGGAACGGUGAGCAUGCGGCUGCCAUCAGCCGAGAGUGUGGACCAGGUGACCCGACAUGUGAGCUCUGCCCUCUCCAAGGUCUGCCCUGGUCCUGGGUGUUUGAUCCGGCGUGGAAAUGCAGACACCCCAGAGGGACCCCGAGACACAUCCCCCAACUCUGAGACAUCCACAUCUACCACUCACAGUGUGUGUGGUGGCUUCUCUGAGACCUACGCUGCCCUGUGUGACUACAAUGGGCUGCACUGCCGUGAGGAAGUGCAGUGGGAUGUGGACACCAUCUACCAUGCUGAGGAUAACCGCGAGUUCAAUCUUUUGGAUUUCAGCCACCUGGAGAGCCGAGACUUGGCCCUGAUGGUGGCAGCCCUGGCCUACAACCAGUGGUUCACCAAACUCUACUGCAAAGACCUGCGGCUGGGCUCAGAAGUGCUAGAACAGGUGCUACAUACCCUGAGCAAGUCAGGGAGCCUCGAAGAGCUGGUGCUGGACAACGCCGGGCUUAAGACGGACUUUGUCCAGAAGCUGGCCGGGGUGUUUGGGGAGAACGGGAGCUGUGUGCUGCAUGCCCUCACUCUGUCCCACAACCCCAUCGAGGACAAGGGUUUCCUCAGUCUGAGCCAGCAGCUCCUCUGCUUCCCCACUGGCCUCACCAAGCUGUGCCUGGCCAAGACUGCCAUUUCCCCGCGAGGGCUCCAGGCGCUGGGCCAGACCUUCGGGGCCAACCCUGCCUUUGCCAGCUCCCUUCGAUACCUGGACCUGAGCAAGAACCCUGGGCUGCUCGCCACAGACGAGGCCAAUGCCCUCUACAGUUUCCUGGCCCAGCCCAAUGCCCUGGUGCACCUGGACCUGUCAGGGACUGACUGCACUGUCGACCUGCUUCUGGGCGCCCUGCUCCAUGGCUGCUGCGCCCACCUCACCUACCUCAACCUGGCUCGCAACAGCUGCACCCACAGGAAGGGCCGGGAGGCCCCGCCGGCCUUCAAGCAGUUCUUCAGCAGCGCCUACACACUGAGCCACGUCAACCUGUCGGCCACAAGGCUGCCCCUAGAGGCCCUCAGGGCACUGCUUCAGGGCCUCUCCCUCAACAGCCACCUCAGUGAUCUGCACCUGGACCUCAGCAGCUGUGAGCUCCGCUCAGCAGGAGCUCAGGCCUUGCAGGAGCAGCUGGGAUCUGUCACCUGUGUGGGCAGCCUUGAUCUGUCAGACAAUGGGUUCGACUCAGACCUCCUGACAUUGGUGCCUGCACUCGGCAAGAACAAGUCCAUCAAGCACCUGUUCCUGGGCAAGAACUUCAAUGUCAAGGCCAAGACCCUGGAGGAGAUCCUGCACAAGCUGGUACAGCUGAUCCAGGAAGAGGACUGUUCCCUGCAGUCACUGUCAGUGGCAGACUCCCGGCUGAAGCUGCGAACCAGCAUCCUCAUCAAUGCCCUGGGCAGCAACACCUGCCUGGCCAAGGUGGAUCUGAGCGGCAAUGGGAUGGAGGACAUCGGGGCCAAGAUGCUGUCCAAGGCCUUGCAGAUAAACUCCUCCCUCAGAACUAUCCUAUGGGAUCGGAAUAAUACAUCUGCCCUGGGCUUCCUGGACAUCGCAAGGGCUCUGGAGAGCAACCACACACUGCGUUUUAUGUCUUUCCCGGUGAGCGACAUCUCCCAAGCCUACCGCAGCGCUCCUGAGCGCACUGAAGACGUCUGGCAGAAGAUCCAGUGGUGCCUGGUGAGGAACAACCACUCCCAAACGUGCCCCCAGGAGCAGGCAUUCAGGCUGCAGCAGGGCCUGGUGACCAGCAGCGCCGAGCAAAUGCUGCAGCGGCUGUGCGGACGAGUGCAGGAGGAGGUGCGGGCCCUGAGGUUAUGCCCUCUGGAGCCUGUGCAGGAUGAACUUCUCUAUGCUCGGGACCUCAUCAAGGAUGCCAAGAACUCCCGGGCGCUGUUUCCCAGUCUCUAUGAGCUGGGCCAUGUGCUGGCCAAUGAUGGGCCUGUGCGGCAGAGGCUGGAGUCGGUGGCCAGUGAGGUGUCGAAAGCUGUGGACAAGGAGCUGCAGGUGAUCCUGGAGUCCAUGGUCAGCCUGACACAGGAGUUAUGCCCUGUGGCCAUGCGGGUGGCCGAGGGACACAACAAGAUGCUGAGCAACGUGGCAGAGCGCGUCACUGUGCCCCGGAACUUCAUCCGAGGGGCUCUGCUGGAGCAAGCGGGACAGGACAUUCAGAACAAGCUGGAUGAGGUGAAGCUCUCGGUCGUUACCUAUUUGACCAACUCCAUAGUGGACGAGAUCCUGCAGGAGCUAUACCACUCCCACAAGAGCCUGGCCCGGCACCUGACCCAGCUAAGGACACUGUCAGAUCCACAAGGAGGGCCAGGCCAAGGGCAAGAUCUGUCCUCUCGAGGCCGAGGCCGGAACCACGACCAUGAGGAGACCACAGAUGAUGAGCUUGGGACCAACAUUGACACUAUGGCCAUCAAAAAGCAGAAACGCUGCCGCAAGAUCCGCCCCGUAUCUGCCUUCAUCAGUGGGAGCCCUCAGGACAUGGAAAGCCAACUGGGGAACCUCGGGAUCCCCCCUGGCUGGUUCUCAGGACUCGGGGGCAGCCAGCCCACAGCUAGUGGCUCCUGGGAAGGUCUAUCUGAGCUGCCCACUCAUGGCUAUAAACUGAGGCAUCAAACACAAGGGAGGCCCCGGCCGCCCAGGACCACCCCUCCAGGACCUGGCCGGCCCAGUCAGGUACCAGUGGCUGGGACACGCCAGGAGAACGGGACCACCAGCUGCCUGGAUGAGGGGCUGGAGGACUUCUUCAGCCGGAGGGUCAUGGAUGAGAGCUCCAGCUACCCCCGAACUCUGAGGACGGUGCGGCCAGGCCUCUCGGAGCCACCACUGCCUCCGCUCCAGAAGAAGAGACGCCGAGGACUGUUUCACUUUCGCCGUCCUCGGAGCUUCAAGGGGGACAGGGGGCCAGGGUCCCCCACCACUGGACUCUUCCUCCCUCCGCCCCCGCCCCCACCCCCAACUCAGGAGAGCCCCCCUAGCCCAGAGCCCCCAAGCCUCGGCAAUAACUCUUCUCCUUGCUGGAGCCCAGAGGAGGAGAGCAGCCUCCUGCCCGGAUUUGGGGCGGGCCGGGGGCCUUCGUUCCGCAGGAAGAUGGAGACCUCGUUCCAGGGCACUGAGGGGUCAGAGGCAGGGGAGGGGAGCACAGCCCCAGGGACAGCACAGCAGCCGGCGGUACAUGGUGUUGCCCUGCCUGGAUUAGGAAGAGCCAAGGGUUGGAGCUUCGAUGGGAAACGAGAGGGCACAGGUCCUGACCUGGAGGACAGCACCCAGGCAUGGCAGAAACGGCGCUCUUCAGAUGACGCAGGUCCUGGAGCCUGGAAGCCCCCACCACCACCCCAAAGCAGCAAACCAAGCUUCAGCGCCAUGCGCCGAGCAGAGGCCACAUGGCACAUAGCCGAGGAGAGUGCCCCCAGCCACAGCUGCCAGAGCCCCAGCCCAGCCUCCCAAGAUGGAGAGGAAGAGAAAGAGGGGACUUUCUUCCCAGAGAGGACAGUUCCAGCAAGGAAUGCCAAGCUGCAGGACCCUCCUUUAGCUCCACGGCCCCCCAAGCCAGUGGCUGUGCCCAGGGGCCGCCGACCCCCCCAGGUGCCAGGGGGAAGGGAGGAGGCUGAGACUGGGGCUGCAGCCCCAGGAGUCAACAAGCCCCGGCUGAGGCUGGGCUCACAGCAAGACCAAGAGGAACCUGAAGUCCAAGGGCUCCCCGACCCAGGCCGCCGGACUGCCCCCUUGAAGCCCAAAAGGACACGGCGCGCACAGUCCUGUGACAAACUGGAGCCUGAUAGAAGACAGCCUCCUGACCCCACAGGUGCUAGUGCAGGAACCAGUGAGCCCGGAACAGACUGACAGCCGCUGCAGCAUCUUCCCCAGCCUUCCUCUCGACAUGUGCCUCACAAGGACUCAGACCCCCACCCAUUCCUGCUCCCCCAGACCUCCCGCUAGCCCCUGUCCUACAGAGACAGGAUGUAGGGCUGGGCAUAGAGGAGCAGGAGGCAGGGGGACCGGAAGGGAGGAAGCAACCUGGAGAAAGGGAGGCGCUCAUUGCCUGCCUCCAUGCCUUGCUCUGCAGAGAGCUUUGGGUGGACCUGUCUCCUCCCCUGGGAGGGUGGAUCGCUGUCCCUCUACCCCCAGGGGCUUCUCCCCACUUGUAUAGAAUAAAAAAAAAAAUAAUAAACAGUC